CCUAAUCUCACAAAGGUCACUUCGCUUAUGUCGAUAACAGCUCUGUCCCACCAGGUCCGCAUAACAUUAGAAGAACCUUCCGACGAUGCCCGACUAGAACAAGCUCUCCAGGCUGUGGACGAGUUUAUCCGUGAAUGCGCUACAUCUAAAGAGCCAGAUGUUUUACUCUUCCAAUUGGAAGAGGAACUCCAAUUAUUCCACAGCGAUACAAUUACCCACAAUUCCCUCCAGCAUACCGAAGUGCUGUUGACCGUCCUAUACCGUUUGCGCCCCUUGUUAACAUCAACUUCGGUCAUCUCUACAUGGUUCGACCUUGUUCUUCGUCCCGCCCUGCGAGAACCACGACUCUCCACUCCGGCUGUCAAUCAUGCCAAGGAAUUAAUUAUCUCAGCGGCAGACAGAGGAGACGAAAGGUAUCCAGAGAAGGUGGGCGAGUUUCGACGUCGCCUCCUUGACCUUUAUGUUCUAGACGCAUACAAUGAGGGGUCUGGUGAUGACUUGCUGGAGUGGGCGGAACUCGACCAGGAUCAGAGGGAGAAACGAUCGCUGUGGAAGUUCAAUCUAGAAGAUGUCCUCGUGAAGUCUGGGUUGCGUCGGCCUCAGGAUUUCAUGUCCGCAAUAAACUAUUCCUUUACAACGCCGUCGUCCCGUCUACAACUUUUGAUCCUGCUAAACCGAUAUACUUCAGAGCCCUCGUUCCAGUCACUCGCCGCAGCAUUCGCCGAUCAUCCAUUGUUAGAUAGCCUCCUCAACUCACUGCUGCUGGACAAUUCUUCGACGGUGUGCACCAUUGGUUUGACUGUCAUAGUCAAGCUUCUCCCCAUCUUUGCUGUAAAAGCAUGUGAGGAGCUGAAGAUGCUGCUUCCUCGUCUUCUUGCAAUUCUUGCAAGAAUUAUAUGCUGGAAGGAAAGAUCAGUUCCGCAACCACCAUUUGAGGAGGAAGUUGAUGAUCCAGACGAAAGUUCUGCAAACAACGGUGCGCAAGAACCAGCGUGUAACGAGUUCACCGCAUCCUCCAAUCUACCCUUGCGGCCUGAGCUUGGUUGGGAAAGGCUUGAGCUCACGUUUAAUGCCGCAUCUUCCGCCCCGCCGCCUGGGGCUUAUUUUUCCUGCCUCUACUAUCUUUUCCCAUGUAACUUGCUUCGAUUUCUACGUGGCCCCUCAGCGUACCUUAACGAUAGAGGCUAUGAAUCGCCCUUCUCCAUUAGUUGGGAAGAUGCCCUCGAUGAGGACAACAUAAGGAGUAAAUCAGAGUCGCUUUUGCGAGGAAGAAUCGUCAAUUCAAGAGUCAUAUGGCGAGAUUGGACAAAAGAGCUCACGGAAGCCGAUACGUGGGCGAAUUAUAGCGUCUCUCGCAUCGCGAGCGAGUGCACGAUGCUUGACGUGCGCAAUACAGCUCUAGGCAGCAAGCAGUUCUCUGUUGACAUCGCGUCGGCUGCUGCUGAGCCAUCGAUCCUCGGGUUAACUACCAUAUCUGAAGGAGACACUUCAACGUCACCGACACCUCACCCUGGCUAUGCGGAACUGCCAGGUACGAAGACCCGCGUUUCAUUAGAGAGCAUGAUCACAGCAUCCGUUGCGCUCAAAUCCAAUCUGGACGUGGAGAUCGAGGCCCCGACGGCCGCCUGGUCGUCCCUGUUGUUCCCUCCAGGGAGCAAUUCUCCGACAAAGCGAUCGUUCAAUAUGCCAUCAGAGCCACAUAUUUGCAACGAGGACAAACUUCCAUCUCACGUUGCACAAGCACUUUCUGGUCUCCAGCGCGAAGUGCUGCUCCUGCGCAAUGAACUAAACUUUGAGCUUUGGCUUUCGCGCGAGAACGUGAAACACAUUGGACGCCUCUACCAAGAUCGGAUUUUGUCCAAAAACGCAGAAGUUGAGCAGCAGGGGCUGUUCAACAAGCUACGCCACUACCGAGCCGAGGUCCAGCGGUUAGACCGCCAGCUGAGGGAACACCGGGAACAGUCAUCGUCCGCAAAAAACAAAUAUGCUGAUUGGAAUACGGAACUGCAGAAUAAGCUGAAAGAAUUUCGAGAGGAGAAGAAGGCUUGGGUCUCUGAAGCUGCUUCGCUACGGACGGCGGAAAAAGAAGCUCAGGCUCUUUUCGCUGCUCAAGGCCAAUUGCUCGCAGAUGCGGUAAAGCAAGUAUUUGAGCUCGAGACUCAGCGGAAGGAAACCCAGCACAAGGUCGACCGCCUAAGGGACUACGAGCGGCAGAUUGAGCAGCACAUUCGCAUGCAACGUCUUUGGGAUGCGGACUUCCAGAAAUUCAAUGACCGUGCUGAAGAGCUCCAGCAGCUAAGAACACAAUUCAAGCAGAUGGAGCUGCAUCUAGAGAGCUAUCAGAAGACAUUCGAACAAAUGAGCGAGGAUGCUCGGAGCCAUCGACGACAAAACCAGGCAUUAGAAGCCCACCUUUCUCUACUUCAAAAGAAGUGCGAUGCCUCCCGACGCCUUCCCGAAGCUGAGAUAGCGGCAUUUAUGACGGAGAAGUCUGAGCUCGCCACAACCAACGCCAGGCUGAGGGAGGAAAAUGCUGAUUUAAAGGACGAGAUGGGGGAGAUGAGAGCGAGGAUGGAGCUUAUGAAGGCUCGAAUUGAUGGACAUAAAGGUCUGAUUGCGGAAACGCGAUCGAUGCCAGCAUUGUGAAUCCCCGACUGGAUGGAUUUUGUUGGCACUGGCAUGGAUCGUUGUGUCGGUGACCACGCCUGUAGGAUGUUCUGCCAGUCGACGGUUGUGUUUAUAUUGAAACUAUGUUACACCAAUUACUUUGCUCCGUCAUCAAUGAAGGCAUCGUUAGAGA